AUGACUUCAAGCGCAAUAGUUGGUAGUACCGGGCUCGUAGGCUCGCACAUCCUCAACACACUACUUGCGCACCCCUCCAUAUCAGCCGUGCAUGCGCUAUCUCGACGGGAACCCCGACUCUCCACACCCAAUCCCCAUCUACACGCCCUCAUAUCCCUCGAUUCCUCUACCUGGUCUUCGCUCUUAUCCUCUAUCCCCUCCGAAUCCUCUCCUUCGCUCUUCUUCUCCGCGCUAGGAACUACGCGGGCGCAAGCGGGCACGAUCGAAGCCCAGCGGAAAAUCGAUUAUGAUUUGAAUCUCGAACUCGUGACUACUUUCUCGUCCUUCUCUUCUCAACAACAUGAGAAGAAGAAAAUAUACAUACUGAUCUCCACCUCGGGCGCAAAUGCCGCGUCUUCAUUCCCAUAUAUGCGCAUGAAAGGCGAAUUGGAAGAAGCGGUUAAACCGCUCGCGGAUGCGGGCACGCAGGUUAUUUUGCUGAGACCGGGUUUGAUAGUGGGGGAUAGAGAAGAUUCGAGACCGGCGGAGUGGGUGGUGAGGAAGGUGGCGGGGUGUAUGGGGGGUGUGAAUGCGGGGUUGAUGGAUUUUUGGGCGCAGGAUGCGGGGGUUAUUGGGAGGGCGGCGGUGAGUGCUGGGUUGAGGGCUAUGAAGGGGAGGGAUGGGGAGGCUGGGGAGGUUAUUCCUAAGGUGUGGGUUUUGGGGCAGGCGGAUAUUGUGAGGUUGGGGAGGACGGAGUGGAAGGAGGUGUGA